AUGUCUUACAACAAGCCGACUAGUCCGCCCCCUUCCUACCAAGACCCGGCUUACUCCGGCAACUUCCACCAGAACGCGCCCAGUCCUAGCCCCGGCCCCGGCGCCGCAGGCGACUACUAUGGCGGCCAGCAGCAACAGGUAGGAUACUACCAGCAGCAGCAAGGGUAUCCGCAGCAACAAGGCUAUAACGGUGGCGGCUAUCCUCAGCAGCAGGGAGGUUACUACGGCGGUCAGAGCCAGAUGCAAUACCCCCAACAGCAAUAUCCUCAACAAGGAUACCCGCCUCAACAGUAUCAGGAUGAUCGCGGCCGCCACAGCGGUGGUGGAUCCGGCGCUGGUGGUAUUUGCGCUGGUAUCAUGGCUGCAAUGGCGUGCUGUUGCUGCUUGGACAUUCUGUUCUAA